UGGCGCUCGCCACGGAUUCGUUAAGGAUUCCUUCCGCAGGCAUUUCUGAUGAGGCUCCGCCGCGCUCGGCCCGGGGCUGCCCGGGACGCGAAGGGCUGCAGGGUGCGGUCGCCUCGCCUCACCUCCCCCCUCUCGCCGCCCCCUCCCCACCUCGCCCAAGGGGGCCGGAACGGCGUCGGCGCGCGGGGGCUUUUCGGCGCAGUCGAGUGGAAAAUAGACUUUAACCCGCUUUGUGGCGACAGGGGCGCCCGAAGCGCUCUCCCGGACCGGGGCUCCCGGCGCUCAGGCGGGCCACUCCCAAGACCCGGCCUGGAGUCCCUGCAGAGUCACGCGGCACGCGGAACCCCUGGCCUCGGGGCGCCGGCAAGGCCUAGGCCGGAUCUGCGCACCCGGCCACAGCCGGGCCGCCCCGACAGACCCCGGCGACGGCGAGGAAGCGAAACGCGCUGCGGUCCCCUCCUUGCAGUGCUCUGGCAGGGUCCGGGUCCCAGCCUCCCCACCACCGCCCAGCGCCCUCCUAGGCCUCCGUGCGGUGUUUCCUGCGGCCUGGAAGGCCCGGGUGAAAAAGUUUGCUGAGUACUGGUUCUCUUCACCCUCUCACCCCCAGGGAAUUAUUGCAAGAAACGGAAACCUGACGGAGCAGAGUCGUCCGCUGCUCCGCGGUCGCAGGUGGAAGGUGAGGGUCAGGGGAGGCCAGGCGGCCGCUGCGUUCCCGGGAUGGCUGGGAUGCAUUCUUGGAGACAGGGUCGACUGCUCGGCGAGCUUCAAGUUAAGGCUCGAGGCCCUGGCCUGGCCCGCCUGCACCUGAGCCCCACGACCAGAGAAGGCGAGAAAAGCAGAUCGUCCUCUGCUGAGGCCCGCCGUCCCGGUGCGAGCAGACCGCGGUGGCUGUGGCUGGGCCAAGGAGGUGCUUCCGAACACGGAUUUGCUGCUUGAGGUCUGCAAAGUGACCACUCCGGUGGCUCUUCUCGCGCUGUCCCCGGCCUGGCCCCUGGGUGAAAAGAACUGGGCGUCCCCUUUCUGGAGCCGUCUCCCAUAACACUCAGAAAACGCGAAACCUCACGAACGAGGGCGCGGCUUUCAGACCCGCGUCCCAAGAGACAGAUGGUGGGUGAGCGGGAGGGUCCUGGAGGCCAGGGAGCUCGUUCUCGGAGAACCUAUUUGUUGGGCAAAACCCACCCACCCUCCACUCGGAUCCAAGUUGCCUGAGAACUGAAACGACAUCCCAGGAUGAAUUGGAGGGGGUUCAACUGAGUUACACAUCGGGAAGUGGGGCUGGAGAUUUUCCCAAGCCCCAAGGCCCCUCGGACGCCUUCUUCGGCUCUCGCGUGGGCUGAGGUGGUUGGAGCGGUCGCCAGACUCAGCUAAAGGGCAGAGACGCGAGGAGAAGCUUGUGGCAAGGGGCGGAUGAGGGGUGGGGGGGAGGCCUAGAUCGCCCAGCAAAGGCUCCAGUCCGCUUUUUGCCUCCGACUGCUGGCUCCUUCCCCACCCGCCGUCCCUCGCCCCGCCCCGCCCCGCCCCCCACCUUGGGGCAGGUGAGCGGCGGCCAAUGGGCGAGCGCGGGGCAGGUGCCGGCUAACUCGCGCCUCGCAGAGCAGCGGCCGAGGCUGAGCUGGGCAGUGCUGGGAGGACCAGGGGCGGGGGUCGGUCCUGGCUGGACUCGGGAGGGAGGGGGCCGGGCUCAGCCCCCAGGCCGUAGAGGCAGCUCGUAGCCUCGCACGGAACCCGCGCCAGUGCCUGAGCCGGGAGCUGCCCGCUCGGCCCCAGAGGCCGGCGCGCCUAGCUGCGCGCGGUGGCCCGACUCCGCGUUCGCUCGCUCGCACGCCCCUCGCCUCACCGCGCCUGGCUCGCCGGCCGGGUCUGAGCGCGGGCGGGCGGGCGGGGGAGGUGAGGGGUGCUGGUGUGUGUGCAUGUGCCUGGCUGGGUGCACACCCCGCACGGCGGCGGCGCCAGGACGCGGAGCGCUCCCCAGAGCCCAGCUGCCUCGCUCGGCUCUGGCGACCGCGACCAUGUUCCAGCCCACAGCCAAACGCGGCUUUACCAUCGAGUCCUUGGUAGCCAAGGACGGCGGCACCGGCGGGGGCACUGGCGGCGGGGGCGCCGGCUCCCAUCCCCUGGCGGCGGCCGCCUCGGAGGAGCCACUCCGGCCCACGGCGCUCAAUUACCCUCACCCCGGCGCGGCCGAGGCGGCCUUCGUGAGCGGCUUCCCCGCUGCCGCCGCCGCCGCCGCCGCCGCGGGCGCCGGCCGCUCGCUCUACGGUGGGCCCGAGCUUGUGUUCCCCGAGGCCAUGAACCACCCCGCGCUGACCGUGCACCCGGCGCACCAGCUGGGCGCCUCCCCGCUGCAGCCCCCGCACUCCUUCUUCGGCGCCCAGCACCGGGACCCUCUGCACUUCUACCCCUGGGUCCUGCGGAACCGCUUCUUCGGCCACCGCUUCCAGGCGAGCGACGUGCCCCAGGACGGGCUGCUUCUGCACGGCCCCUUCGCUCGCAAGCCCAAGCGGAUCCGCACGGCCUUCUCGCCCUCGCAGCUCCUGCGGCUGGAGCGCGCCUUCGAGAAGAACCACUACGUGGUGGGCGCCGAGCGGAAGCAGCUGGCCGGCAGCCUCAGCCUCUCCGAGACGCAGGUGAAGGUGUGGUUCCAGAACCGGAGGACAAAGUACAAGCGGCAGAAGCUGGAGGAAGAGGGGCCUGAGUCUGAGCAGAAGAAGAAGGGCUCCCACCACAUCAACCGGUGGCGCAUCGCCACGAAGCAGGCCAACGGGGAGGACAUCGAUGUCACCUCCAAUGACUAGGGGGGGCAGCCACGGAUCCAUGAGGGCAGAGCGUCUGCUCGCUGCUGGCCAGGCCCCCGGGUGGGCCCAGCUGGACUCUGGCCGCUCCCCCGCCAGGCUUCGGGGAGGCCUCGAGUCACGGCCUCACAGGGCUUGGAGCCUGGGGCUACCACUGCCAGAGGGACAAGAAAUGGGCUGGCUGAGGCCUGGGACUGCUCAACCUUCUCCUCGGAGAGCCUGCCUGCCUGGGCGGGCCGCCAGCCACUGCAGCCUCCCAGCCAUUCUCCAUUUCUCUUAUCUCCUGUUUGUUUUGAUGCGUUUCUGUUUUAAUUUAUUUUCCAGGCACCCGCUGUAGUUCUUAGUGAUCCCCUUGUAUCUCCCUUCCCUAUGGGAAUAAUAAAAGUCUCUCUCUUAAUGA